GCCAAGAGUGUGAGCUGUGUGUGUGAAAGAUAUAAAAUGAUGUCAGAUCACAUGUUUAAUGACAGGAUGGGAGGUGUCACAUUAACACCAGCUUGAAGGUGACCACUUCCUUUUUAUCAGGAUGAACCUGGGGGAGAUUUACCAUAGUAACAAUUUGUUAUCAACUGUUAUUUUUGUUCACAGGGAAAUGCUCUGAGUUUACUUCCUUAGUUAAAAACAAAUAAUGAUGAGGCAACCCACUUGGUAACAAACAGGAAAAAAAAUUCUUCAGAGUCUGUUCCUUAUCUGUCGAGUGAUUUUAGAAACUUUCUGAAAGUAAUUAAAAGCACACUUUCCAGAGUCCAACCCUGGUGGAACAUACUUUCUUUAGCCACUGUCCCUCCUUUUGUUCAAAUCCUAGACCGCUUUCUGAGUCUGCAUCUAAUCAAGCCUCAAGCCCCAUUAUCUCUCCCUCCCUCUGGCUCCCUCAUUCCCCAGUCUGACCUUACAUGGAGAGGCAUCAGGGUUGAUGUCAUUGAAUGAAGAAUGCUGCAAGAAUCCAAAGAGAAAAGAGAGCAGGGGGAGGAGGAAGAGGAGGAGGAGGAGGAGGGGUCUGACUGGACAGUUUAUGAGCAAAUAUACAGAAACUCAGAGAGAACGAGAGAGAGAGUUGCUGUUUACAUAGUAAUACACAAGUCUUGAGCCAAAGUCAAACGAGAAAGAACUUGUUUGGAAGGAUGGUGUCAUUCCUUUUCCAGACUGAAAAGCACAGGGGGAGGGUCUAAUAGCUGGAGAGGAAGAGAGAAAGAGAAGUUUGCUGUACAGAUAGCUCUUACUUAGUUUGAAACAAGACAAGAACAAAAAGAGGACAGGGAAGUAAAAGGAGAUCCAUUCUGCGGCUGUAUUGUCAAGAUAAAUCCACAAAAUGGAGGACUCCAGCAGCAAUAAGCCAUUCAUGGUGACGUCGUCAUUGAACUUCAAAGUCACCACCCCAUCCUUCUACAACCAGCCAAAGAAGUUUGCAUCUGUGGCACCGCCAAGGUCCAAAAGUCAAACCCCUCCCUCAGCUCCAUCACCAACACCACUUGGUACAGCUGUUAUUGGUCGGGUGGGAGACCUGCCUCCACCUCCCUCUUCACUCUGUGAUGACUUUCCACCCCCUCCUCCUUCUCCCCCACUGGAUGAUGAUUUGCCAGCACCUCCCCCUGAAUGCCAAAUCGCAGUCAUUGCAUCUGAUGCCCCUCCUCCUGCCUUCCCUGCUCCACCUCCAGUGGCAGAUGACCUGCCCCUCCCAGCUCCCCCUGAGGAGAGUACCUGUCCACCCACCUGUCCCUCUAUCCCUCCUCCCCCUCCACCUCCCCCUCCACCUCCACCUCUCACUGCCUCCAGUACCAGUCUAUCUAGUUCUGCUGGAAACCCACAGAGACUGAUGGAGAAGCAGACAAGCUUUGAUAAACAGCUCGACUCACUGACUGGAUUGUUGUCUGAGAUGGAAACUAGGGGACCUUUCAACCCCAAGCUACCGAACCAGUAUUCUUCAGCACCAGCACCGAAGCCUUCUGCUCCUCCCCCAACUGCUCCCAAACCAGCACUCUCCUUCCUCCCACCACCUGAGAUGGGAGACCGCCCUCCACCUGCACCUUGGGCUGAAGAACUUAAAGCCAGAACAAACCGGCAAGCCAAUCACAAUUCAGCUUCAGAUGUUCAUCCAUCCACAAAGACCCCAGCUGUGGCUCCCAAGUCCAGUUUUGGAGGGAGAACAACAACAACAUCAUCUCUCUCACUGGCACAAAAACUCAACCAGAACCUGAACCAGACAGCCACGCCGAUCAACAGUGCACCAAAACCUUCGCCUCCCACAGCCAGCAGCUCAUUCCCUCCACCUCCUGCAGCCCCGCCUGCACCUCCUACUCCACAAAGUAACACGGCUGCUGCCCCAGCCCCAAAUCACAUAAAGAUUCCCCCCUUUGGGAGUCAGGUAAAUGCAAACCAAAACCCUCCUGCUGCUGUGCCUCCUCCUCAACCGAAGACGAUGGGAUCACCACCCUCCCCCAUGAGCCAACCAAUGAAAACCACCCCUGCAUCAACGCCCUCACCUCCUGGCCCACUUCCUACCCAAAGUGGAGGUGCUCCUCUUAAUAUGAGGGAUGUGGAGGAGCUGGAGAGAAUGACCAAGGACUUUAUUAAAAACAUGGACACAAAUCCACCCAUCAUCACCUCCCCUCCGACAGAGGUUUGUGGGAAGUGUGGUGAGGCUCUCUCCCGUACUCAGCCAGCUGUAAAGGCCAUGGAUAAACUUUUCCACUCCAGCUGCUUCUGUUGCAUGAGCUGCCAUCGCCCCCUGCAGGGCAUGCAGUUCUAUGACAGGGAUGGCUCACCACAGUGUGAGGAUUGUUAUAUGAGUUCUCUGGCUGUGUGUUGCCGAUGUGGGGAGAGGAUUACAGAUCGUGUGCUGAAGGCUGUGGGACAGUGUUUCCAUGCCCACUGUUUCCGUUGCAGCACCUGCUCCUGCGUACUUGAGGGGGCCCCCUUCAUCACUGAUGACAACAACAACCCCUACUGUGUCCAGGAUUACCACAGGCGUUUCUCCCCUCUGUGUGUGAGCUGCAAUGAACCCAUUGUUCCAGCUCCAGGCAGUGAGGAAACGGUCAGAGUUGUGGCCCUCGACAAGAACUUUCAUCUCAAGUGUUACCGCUGCGAGGAUUGUGCUCGUCCUCUCUCCAUUGAGGCGGAUGAAAAUGGCUGUUAUCCAUUGGAUGGCAAGAUCCUGUGUAUGAAGUGCCACACCACGCGGGCCAAGAAGGCUGCACAGUGAUUGCUGAUGCAGCAUUACUCAGUUUAACUAUGAACCAAAUCAUAAAGCACAGGAUUGAUUCAGCUGCCAGUUUUUGCCUUUGCAACAGGGCUUUGUUUAGUACAUGUGCGCAGGUGUGUGUGCGAGAAUGUGCAUUGUGAAAAGGUAUGUUUGCAUGCAUAUAUGUCAUAGUAUUCCUUUUUUCUUUGUCCACUUUAUCCAGUGCAGAAGUAAUGUACUGUGCUGAAGAAAACUUCCGUCGUCUAUUAUUCCAGAUCUCUAACGCUCCUCUCUCCUAUCUGUAGCUUUCUUUUGUGAACUACAGAAUGGGUUUUGUGCCAACUCAAUGUUUACGCUAAAAUUUCCAGCAUAACUUGCACAAGAACAGUUUGAUCAAAAGAGUAGCCUGGUGAAUAGAAAGUUGCCUUUCUCUGUCUCUUGCCUAAAGUUUGUUUGUAGCACCGAGAACUGGGAUUUUUCCAUUUUAAGAUCUUCACUGGUUGGUUUCUUUCCCAACAAGGAUUCUAACUGUUUCGCUGUUGUUACUGAGGCAGAUUGGUACUGUAGGGUGAAAAGCAUCAGCAACCUGAUCAUUGCACACAUUUCACCACUUGGAUUGGCUGGUGGUUGAAAAUGUCUUUUAGGAAUUGUGCCUGCAAGCAUGGUUAACGAUGCUUUCCUGCCUAGAAAGUGCUUUAUAUCAGCCAAUCUACUCUUAUAGCAUUUUGAAGUCAUCUAGGGCUAUAACGCAGCUGCAAAAAGAUAAAAACAGUAUAUGUUGCUUUUGUAGAUUUUGUGGUGUAAAUUUCAUAAUUUACAAGCAUGCUUUGAAUUGCAUCUUAUUGCUUUCUAUAUUUGAUCAUACUGUGCCAAAAUUAGAAGAAAGAUCAAGUGUUUUAUUCUUUAGAAAAAUAGUUUAGAGUGGAUUUAGUCAUAAGUAUUUUAAGAUGCAUGUUCUUGGGAUGCAAAAAUUGAACAAACGGACGAGCACAGGCUCCCUCCCUGGGAUCUCAUUUUUUAACAGUUCAGUUAUGAUGUCAGCAGCAUAGCUGAAAACAGGACCUAUUAUGUAAUCUUGCACAGUGAAGUGAAAUAUACUUCUAGUGUCACUUUUUACAUUUUUUUUACAUGUUAAAUUUAGUUUAGACACCAACUACAUACAUAGUAUUAGUUUAAUAGUUCUUACAAUAGUAAACAGUUCUCAAAAUCUGUUGCUUUAAAUAAUAUAAUUUAAAGAUCUAAUGUUUAUAAAUGAUAAAGUUCAUAUAUAAGUUAGAUAUCUACUAGUAUUAAAACAGUCUGUCUUGUCUGCAGGAUAAUAGAAUUGCAAAGGCAGUUAAGGGAGCAGAGGUUAAACACAGUGACCAAAUGUGUUAACGCAGAUAACAGGAUUCAAAUCAGUCGAAUAGUUAAAUGGUAUUUAAUGGUUUUUCAUUUGUGUCAGUUGGUUGUUUGAGGCCAAUCUUUUGCUUUUAAUCUGUUCUAUUUUUUUUUAUCAAAUACCACUAUUCUUUUGUUCUGCAGCCUUUUGUACUCAAGUUUGUUCCUGUCAAUUAUAUAUUUUAUUCUUAUGUCACUGUACUGUAUUUCACUGAUUAAAUGCUUAAAUUUACUUGGUUAUAUUUUUAACCUGGCAGUGUGCCUUUUCCAUUAUUGUAUUCUAUUAUUCGUUUUUUAAUUCAGCCAGGUUUGCAGCCACAGAAAUGAAUUUUCCAGUAAGAAAACUCUUAUAACUUGGUAAUGAGCCUUGUGCUGUUAAAACCAGAGCGAUCAACAAAAAAUGGCAACAGUGAUUCAGCAUUGCAUGCUAGCUGUGUAAUCAGUGAUGGCAUUUCUAUUGGUAUUAUUUCUUCUGUUUGCACCUAUGUGUCACCGUUGAGCCCGUGUCUUUGCAUCACCCUGUUCUUUACAUAUGAUGAUGGUUGGUUGCAUUUACUGGCAUUUUGUGGUAUGUCACUGUAUUACGUGUGGAUGCCUUCUCUUUUCUGACAUUUUCUUAAAGAUUUCAUAUGUGUGAACGUGUAUAUGUUUAAAACAUAAUUUAGCCCUACACCUUCUUUUUUUCUUUUUUGUGGCUGUAUCAAAAGAUGAGAAUAAAGAUAAUAAAGAUGA